ACUUUGGCCUUAUUGGAUUAGCUGUUAUGGGUCAGAAUCUUGUUUUAAAUUCUGCUGAUAAAGGGUUCAUUGUUGCAGUAUUUAACCGUACAGUGUCAAAGGUUGAUAGUUUUUUGGAGAAAGAAGCAAAGGGAAAAUCUAUUAUUGGAGCACAUUCUAUUGAGGAAUUUUGUUCUCUUUUGAAAAAACCUCGACGUAUUAUGCUUCUUGUUAAAGCAGGAUCACCUGUAGAUGAAUUUAUUGAGCAUCUUUUACUUUAUUUAGAAAAAGAUGAUAUUAUUGUUGAUUGUGGAAAUAGUCAUUUUAUUGAUACAAAUAAUAGAUAUGAAAGUCUAAAAAAUAAAGGUAUUCUUUUUGUUGGAGCUGGUAUAUCAGGAGGAGAAGAUGGAGCUAGAUAUGGGCCAUCAAUUAUGCCAGGAGGGAAUUCUGAUGCAUGGAAAUAUCUUAAGGAUAUUUUCCAAUCUAUUUCAGCGAAAUCGGAUGGAAAGCCAUGUUGUGAUUGGGUUGGUGAGUCGGGUUCAGGGCAUUUUGUUAAGAUGGUUCACAAUGGUAUUGAAUAUGGAGAUAUGCAGUUAAUUUGUGAGGCAUAUGAUCUUAUGAAGCGGGGUCUUUGCAUGAGUAAUAAGGAAAUUGGGGAUGUUUUUAGUGAAUGGAAUAAAGGUUUUCUUAAUUCAUUUUUGAUUGAGAUUACUUGUAAUAUUUUUUAUUAUACUGAUGAGAAUGGGGAGUAUAUGAUUGACAAAAUUCUUGAUUCUGCUGGGCAAAAAGGUACUGGAAAAUGGAGUGUAAUGAGUGCACUUGAUCUAGGUGUACCAACAACGCUUAUUAGUGAGGCUGUUUUUUCAAGAUGUCUCUCAAAUAUUCGUGAUGAGAGAAUCAAAGCUAGCAAAAGAUUUCAAAAUAUGGGUAUUAAAUAUACGGGCGAUAAAAAGGAAUUUAUUUCUCAUUUGGAACAAGCUCUUUAUGCUAGUAAAAUUAUUUCUUAUACUCAAGGUUUUAUGUUGUUAAAACAUGCUUCUAUUAAAUAUGGAUGGAAACUUAAUAAUUCAAGCAUCUCCCACAUGUGGCAAGGUGGCUGUAUUAUUCGUAGUAUUUUUUUGAAUGAAAUUUCCAAAGUUUAUUUAGCCUCUCCUGACUUAGAAAAUCUUUUAUUUGAACCUUUUUUUCAUGACGCUAUAAUAACUGCUGAGCCUUCAUGGAGAAAAAUUGUUUCAACUGCGGUUGAAAUAGGGAUUCCAACCCCUGCUUUUUCUACCGCUCUUUCAUUCUUUGAUGGAUAUAGAAGCCAAUGGCUUCCUUCUAAUUUAAUUCAAGCUCAAAGAGAUUAUUUUGGUGCUCAUACUUUUCAGCUUCUUCCUGAUGCUAUAUCUGAUAAAUUUAAAGGCUUAGAAAACAUUCAUAUUGAUUGGACUGGUCAUGGAGGUCAUGUUGCCUCUUCAGUUUAUACUGCUUGA